UUGAGGUUGAAUAGCUAGGAAAGAUAAAAAAACUAAUAGGCAUUUUAAGGUUUUAUUAUAUUUUGAAAAAUUGUGAGAACAUGGUUCACGUCUCCAAGGGAACAUUAAUUACAUGUGAUCAGUCAAUGAAACAGUUUUUAUUACAAUUGGAUCAAACUAACGCUCUUGGAAAAAAGUUUAUUCUACAAGAAUUAGAUGAAGAACAUUUAUUUGUUUCAACUGAUGUAUUGGAUACAUUAGAAGAUCGUGUUGAUGAAUUAAUGGACCAACUUACUUUCACUCAAAAUUAAAACUAUUUUGCUUUUAAAUUACUUUUUUCUAAUAGUUAAAAAUGUCUUCAAAAGUAGGAAUGGGUAGGGAAUCGGGAAGAUUAAAAGAUGCUGAUAAAAAAAAGGUCCUUGA